UCAGCCGUGGAGCACUUGCAAAUUACAAUAACAGAAUUACAAUGAUACCUUUAUACGAAAUAUAUUUAGCAAUCUGUUUUACACCGGCAAUCAAAGCAAUGACGAAAGAAUUUCAGUUUGGACACUGGAUUAAAACGGAUUAUGCAGAUAAUUUUGACGUUCACACUUUUGAAAUCAUGCUACUUCAAAACAUUAAAGACUGCAUUGAAUUUUGUAAGACAAGGAAACAAUGCCAAUUCUUCAAUUUCGAUCAUCAGGCAAAUGUUUGCUAUCUGAUUGGGGGCAACGGCACUUUCGUCUCUGAGAAGAAACCAAAAUUUAGUUUCGGAAAUAGGACUGAUUGGAAUAUGGCAGGAUAUGAAGGGUGUGCUAACUGCAGUGAUUACGGUGUUUGUAAGAAGGGGGAUGACGGUAAAUACUCUGUAUGCCUCAACUCUGGAUGCGGACCGCCUGAAAAGAAAAAUAAUGCGAAAGUACGCGGGAACAUGUUCUCAAUCGGGGAUAAGAUCCAGUAUGAAUGCAAGAAAAGAUACAAAUCAACCAAUGAAGUUUCGAUGACGCCAAUGUGCAAUCAAAAUGGAACGUGGAGUCCAGUAGACUUUGAAUGCGUUCUUGAAGAUAACGUGUAUAAGCUCAACAACAUAUUCUAUCAAGUUAUUCCACAUGCGCAAAGCUGGAAUAAGGCUAAAGAAACAUGUUCAAGUAUUGGUGGAUAUCUGAUUGACAUUACGUCUCCAGAAGAACAGAAUUUCAUAGAAGAAAAUUUAAGAAAUGAUUACACUGCUGGUUUUCAUUGCUACUGGACAGGUGGAAGACUAAUGGGCGGGGUAUUUCAAUGGCUAGAUGGUACUUCAGUUAAUAGCUACACCAACUGGAAUCCUGGAGACCCUUGCUAUUGCUCUGCCGAACAGUGCCUAGGCAUCGAUAUUUCAUUUAACUACAAAUGGAAUGACAAACCAUGUACAUGGUCGUGUAACCCAAUAUGUGAAAUAAAUUAAACAUACGCGGAUCAGGUCGAAUCCUGCUUCUGCUUCACCGGAGAUCUGAUACCCCGUAGAUGUUAUUCACCAGAGAUUCGAUAGACUGGACAAGAAUGCCAUAUAUAUGUGUACAAUAAAUUAAGAACUUGAAUAAACUUUCUUUUCUGUUACAAGAUGUUCAAUGUCUGUAUUGAUAGCUUGGUACUUUUUUGACUGAGGCGACAAAUAUUGAGUUUCUUUGUAUAGUCAGUUUGUUCACUUCUUUCUUUUUAUCUCCGGAGGAAAAUGGAAUGAAAAAAAAAAUUUGAAUAAAGUGUAUCUUAAUCAUAAACAUGUAAAUCAUCUCGCCUGUACAAUUGCAUGUUACAUGAAAACUGGCUAUUUACUUUCAUUGUUAGUACAGUGAAAGUGAUUUAUAUUUCCGGGUAGAAGACUGUCUCUGCUUCUUCUCUUAGCCAUCUGCAAUUGUAUUAAAUUAAAUGUCUAUGAAAGUAUUUGAAGAGUUAUUAUCAGGAUAUCAAUCUGUAAAGUAAUAAAUGGAGAUAAUUGUU